CACACAAGGAACAUACCCAGCUGGUGCCUCAGAUCGAACAAUGGCCAAGGCUGAAUAUUUCAUCUGGACUAAUCCUGAGGGUGACUUUGAGAAAGAAUUUGCAAAUAUCACCAUCACCGGAGUGCCACCCAGUGGAGAUUAUUUCAGCCCCUGUAAGAGAAUUCCAAUAACCAACAGGCAGGCUUUACUUGUCUUUUAUGCACUGGUGUCCCUUCUGAGCUUGCUGGGAAACUCGCUGGUGAUGCUGGUUAUCUUAUACAGGCGAAGGACCCGAUCUGUCACCGAUGUCUAUGUGCUGAACGUAGCCAUCGCUGAUCUUCUUUUUUCACUGACUCUGCCCUUCUUGGCUGUCUCCAAAUUGAAAGGCUGGAUUUUUGGCACACCCCUGUGCAAGAUGGUCUCACUCCUGAAGGAAGUCAACUUCUUCAGUGGUAUCCUGCUGCUCGCCUGCAUCAGCGUGGACCGAUACCUGGCCAUUGUCCAUGCCACCCGCACACUGGCCCGAAAGCGCUAUUUGGUUAAAUUUGUAUGCGUGGGCAUCUGGGGUCUAUCUUUGAUUCUGUCUCUGCCUUUUGCCGUCUUCCGCCAGGUAUAUAAACCCUACCGUUCUGAAACAGUCUGCUAUGAGGUCCUGGGUGAAGCCACAACAGAUUUUCGGAUAACGUUGCGUGGUCUGUCCCACAUAUUUGGCUUCUUCCUCCCGCUGCUCAUCAUGCUGGUCUGCUAUGGACUCACACUGCGCACGCUCUUUAAGGCCCGCAUGGGGCAGAAGCACCGGGCCAUGUGGGUGAUCUUUGCUGUUGUGUUGGUCUUCUUGCUCUGUUGUCUGCCCUACAAUCUGGUUCUGCUCUCGGACACUCUCUUAGGAGCCCACUUGAUUGAAGAUACCUGCGAGCGCCGCAAUGCCAUUGACCAGGCCCUGUAUAUUACUGAGAUUCUGGGCUUUUCUCACAGUUGUCUUAACCCUGUCAUUUAUGCCUUUGUUGGCCAAAAUUUUCGCCAUGAAUUCCUCAAGAUCCUUGCUAACCGUGGCCUGGUUCGCAAGGAAGUUUUGACACACCAUCGUGUUGCCUUUCACACCACUAUCUAUUAACCUCCAAGAAUUACCAGA